UGUUAUUAAAUCAAAUAUGAACAGACCCAAUAGUGUACCAGGUAAAAAUGGUAUAUUGCCAAUUUUUAGUAAACGAAAACGACCCAGACAAGCUGUGUUUGCUGACCCAGUUUCAAAUAUGCAGAGUAAUUCAAUAUCACAACAAGAACCAACUAUGAAUGCAGCAUGUCAUGGACAGAGUUUCAAUUACUUUCAUAGUAACUACAAUAAUAAUAAUACCAUUGGACCAUUAACUUCAAUGAGUAGCCAGUCAGCAGCUGGUAGUAACCAGAUACACCAAAAUCCGAGUAGACCAAGCUGUAACAAAAGAGCAAACACUUCUAGACCUUCAUCACAAUGGCAACAACAGCAGAGGAGUAGCACAAAAGUUCCAGAAUUACACCGCAUUCCACAGAGUAAUUCCAAUAACCCUGCAGCAAUGUUGCAAAGAGGUGGAAUACAAAGAAAUACCUCAUCAUUUGGUGGAGAACAGAGAACAAAGAAUUUUCAGCAUGGAAAUUUCAAUAGCACCAAUAAGAACAGUAAUACUCAGUUAAAAGGAAUAUUAAAGAAUAGUACACAGGGGAAAAUGAACCAAGGAAAUGUAUGGGAACAAGGGAAUACUAAUCCUAUCAGGCCUACAAUAACUAGACAAGGCAAUCCAACAACAGUUCCUUAUAGAAGACUGAUUUCCAGUACUGCAACUGGGUAUGGUAUGGAUAACUCACAGGAUAUAUUAUUUGGCAGCGGAAGUAAUCAAAAACAAGAGAAAACAAUAUCCCAGAAAGAAAACAGUAAAGCUACAGCCAAUCUUUCAAACAAUAUUGAUGAUGGAACGAAUGAUAUCCGCAUAAAACAACCAACACAGGACAAGUCUUUAAAAAUUAUUACUGCCACUAUUGAAGGAAUGAAGCAUUGGAAAGAAGUUUCUAGUAACAUCAAUUUACUGUUUGAAGUGUAUGCAAUGGUAGAUUCUGCUGUCUCUACAAGAACAGAUGGAUGUGGGAAACAAUUCAUUCUCAGAGAUACAAACAACUCAGUAAAGUGUAUCUUCUUUGAAAUUGAUCGUUCCAUACCAAAAAUAAUACGUGGUCAAUAUUAUAGAUGCAUUGGUAACCUCUUUGAAGACUCUGGUUGUUUCCACUGCGUAUCUAUAAGAAUAGCUACUCAACAGGAAUUGAAGCUAAUUAAGGUGAACAUAUCAGCCAGCGAUAAAGCAAUGAGAGAUGCUGUGUACUCAAUUUCUGAACCAUAA